AUGGAUCCAACCAUCCCAGCCUUGGACACAAAACUGACACCAAUCAACCGAACUGAGGCGACUCCUUGCUACAAGCAGACCUUGAGCUUCAUGGGGCUGACGUGCAUCAUUUCCCUUGUCGGACUGACAGGAAACGCGGUUGUGCUCUGGCUCCUGGGCUUCCGCAUGCACAAGAACGCCUUCUCCAUCUACAUCCUCAACCUGUCCAUGGCCGACUUCCUCUUCCUCAGUGGCCGCUUUAUAUAUUCCCUGUUAAGCUUCAUCAGUGUGCCCCAAACCAUCUCUAAAAUCCUCUAUCCUGUGACGAUGUUUUCCUACUUUGCAGGCCUGAGCUUUCUGAGCGCCAUGAGCACUGAGCGCUGCCUGUCCGUUCUGUGGCCCAUGUGGUACCGCUGCCGCCGCCCCACACACCUGUCAGUGGUCCUGUGUGUCCUGCUCUGGGUCCUGUCCCUGCUGCGGAGCAUCCUGGAGUGGAUAUUCUGUGGCUUCCUGUUUAGUGGUGCGGAUCCUGUUUGGUGUCAAACAUCGGAUUUCAUCACAGUCGCAUGGCUGAUUUUUUUAUGUGUGGUUCUCUGUGUGUCCAGCCUGGUCCUAGUGAUCAGGAUUCUCUGUGGAUCCCGGAAGAUGCCGCUGACCAGGCUGUACGUGACCAUCCUGCUCACAGUGCUGGUCUUCCUCCUCUGCGGCCUGCCCUUCGGCGUUCAGUUUUUCCUAUUUUUAUGGAUCCACGUGGAUCGGAAAGUCUUAUAUUGUCAUGUUCAUCUAGUUUCUAUGUUCCUGGCCGCUCUUAACAGCAGUGCCAACCCCAUCAUUUACUUCUUCGUGGGCUCCUUUAGGCAGCGUCAAAAUAGGCAGAACCUGAGGCUGAUUCUCCAGAGGGCUCUGCAGGACACGCCUGAGGUGGAUGAAGGUGGAGGGCGGCUGCCUGAGGAAACCCUGGAGCUGUCGGGAAGCAGAUCGGAGCAGUGA